UAUGCUGAACAAAAUAAAUAUAAAAAAAUAAUUUUCAAAAGAGCUUUGAAGCUUGAUUAUAUAAUUGGGAUAUUUCUUGAUGUCUGUUAUUCUAUACAAAGUGCAGAACACAGUACUUCCUUCCAAAUUAUGGUUUUAAUCCUUCAUGGAAGAGAUGCUUUCCCCUAUCAUAUCUUUGGAGUCAUUUUAUCUCCAGUUUAGUUUUGUUUUUAUCUUGGUAUCAUUCAUUGCAUUUUCUUUUCCAGCCACACCCGUUAUCCUUCUUUCGGAGUCUCUUUUUCCAUCCUAUUACCUUUCCGCUAACUUCUGAUCUUAUAUUUCCCUUGUUGAAUUCAAUGUGAUUGUUUGGGAUCUUCUACCUCAAGAAUUUUCUUUUAACUUGCGUCUGUUUUGAUAGUUACUGGUCCUGAUUAGCUCCUUGGUUUUGUGCUGUUUUAACAUUCAGUUUAGUUUCUUUCCUCUGCAAUUUCCCUUUUGGUGUAUUUUAUUUUAUUAUCUCAUCUUUGGUUUCUUGCUGUGUGGAAUGGAUGUGCUUGUUGGGGAUUUUCUCUAGAGCAAGGCAGACGUGGAGGUGGCUGUUCUUUCUUGCCAGAGUCUAGAUGUGUUUCCUGCCUUCAGCGUUCAUUUGUUUACCAAUGCGUUUUUCCUUAUCCUGUUGCCCGUAAUUAACCUCUCGUCAGUGCUGUGGCCAGUCUUGUCGCUCUGAUGUGGGAUGGAUUCUUCUAAGUUUUCUGUAUGGCUCGGUGCGGUGGUGGUGGUGGUGGUGGGGUGUGGGCGCGGGUUAGCGUCCAGGGUUCUGAGCAGCCCUUUUCUGGGUGAAGAGCUUCCCUUCCGCUCUUCUGCGGUUUGUGAGGAUAGGAAGAUAGAUGGGUGGUGGGAGGCGAGGGUGAGAGAGCAGCUGUACUCUUUGGGGUCCCAGUUUCUCCAUUCAGUGUAGUCAGAAAGUACUAAAUCCUAGUGAUUUCUGCAGUCCCUGCUGUGGGACAGGUACAGACCCCUCUCUCUAGAGAUCUUCGUCAGCGUGGGCCAAGUGUUACCUCGUAAUCUGCAUCAUUUAGAAUCAGGAGACAGGAAUGGGAUUGUCGGGAUCCCGUUGACACUUUCCUCUUGCUUCUGGGUGAUAUCGUGGCAGAGCUAAAGGCACCUUGCAAUUUCUCUGUCCUCUCUGAUGUCAGAGUCUACUCAUGGGCUAUGCCUAGGCUUCAGGGAGGUUGAUUUCUUCAGGGAGGUUGAUUUUACUGUUUCUCCCCCACUUACUGGAUUGCUCCACUGUGUCAUCUGGAAGCCUGCUGAACACUUUGUGAAGCACAUAAUAUUAUGUUACUGCCAUGUAUUUGCUUAUUUCUAAUAUUUAUCCUUUUUGAGGCCAAUCAUUUGACAAAAAUUUUAUAGUCUCUCAAACUUUUCAUCCAGAAAAAUGUUUUUAUGACACAAUACCAUUACUGAUCAAAGCAAAUGCUUUUGCUUAUCAAGUACUCUAAUAAUUAAAAUAUUAUGUAGAUGUAAUGAAAUCUCAUUACAUCUAAUGUAAGUUGUGGAAACAUGACAGGAAAAACCUGAAUUGUGCUUAGAUGUAAAACAGGGGCAAUAUUUUAGAGGUAAUUGAAGCAUCACUACACUUGACCCUUGAACAACACAGACUUGAACUUUUAGGAUCCAUUUAUAUGGAUUUUUUCAACCAAACUCAGACUGAAAACAUCGUAUUCACGGGAUAUAAUAAAACUGCGUGUGCAGAGGGUGGACUUUUCUUAUCUUUGGGUCCUGCAUGGUCGACUUUGGGACUUCAGUGUGCUUGGAGCGUGGUAGCCAUGGAUGCUGGACCUAACCCCCAUGCAUACCCAGGCAUGGCUGUGUUUUGUUGCAGCUCUGUUAUUCAAAAUAAUAUCGAGGCUCUGAAGGUUACCGAGGUUCCUGAAUUUGAUAACAAGCAAUUUAUCUUUCUCUGUAUUGCUCUCAAGCAAAUGCAUGUUUAAAUUUGCCCUUAAGACUUUUGCCACUAUUUCAAGGCAAGACCAAGAAACCAGAAAGAAAUCUUAUAGUUCCGAACUUUGCAGAUACUGAUUUGAAGGGCUGGGAAAAUCAUACUGUAGACGCUUGGUUUGGAAAGAGAUCAGUGUAAAAACUUGUUUGAGCUUAAAAUAAAUGGUAACAUAAACCAGGCAAAUUAACUCUUCUCUGAAAGGUUUUAAUUUUCCUGUGCGGUACCAAGUAAGGACAUUUACCAUGCUCUGGGGACCACGCUAAGUGUUUAUGAAGAGUCUCUGCAUUUCUACCCUCCCGUUUGCAUCAGCCACUGUCUCAGCCCGCCCUUCCGGCUGCAGAGCCUUAGGAGCUGGGAGUCGGAUCACUGGCCAUGCUCUCAGGGCUAAUAGAGCAGGGUUGGGACCCACUCCUGGCUGCUUUUGUCUGUCACACCACAUUGGCUCAAAGACAGGGCCACGCAGGUGCAAUUUUCCAUAGAAUGUUUUCAGUACUCCAUUGUGAUUCUAUGCCCUUAUCUAUAAUUAAAGGGAAAGAAAUCUUAUUGAGACAAUCACAUUUAACUUGUUUAACUAGAUGCUUGCUGAGAAAAUUAUCUAUGAGAAAUGAACCAUUUGCUAUUAAUAAAGAGCCAAGCUUUAAAAGACGACCAGAUUUUAAUAGGGGCAAUUUUCAGUAAAAUACUACUCAGCAAUUAUUUAAGGAGUGACUGCUGUGUAUGUGGCACUCGGACAAGCCCAGCCACGCCAGCUCAUGAGCUUGUUAGUUGCCCCUCUCAGAGGCAGGAGGUGUCCAGGGCUGUGGUCAGUGGAGCCAUCCAGGCUGGAUGAGGAGCUGGCACCCGUGGACCAGCUGUGAUGUGGGACGCAAAGCCUGGCCUCAUGGUUAGUGGCCAUGUCCCCUGGUUCCUGAGCCACUUGCCGCUUCUGAAAGGAAAAGACAGCAGAAAGCUGAGAAGUCGUGAACACUUUGAGGGCUAUGUGGCCAGUGAAGGAAACUGCCUGGAGGGUGGCAAUAACCAGACAGCACAUCCUGCCACAGGUGCCACAGGUCACAGGCCCCCAGAAUGAAGACUCUGAAACAUCUAUAGGUGGGUGAGUACCUCUUUGGCCAAAUAGUUUUCCAACAAAUCUGUCUGUUUUGGUUAUUACUGCAUAAUGAACCACCUCAAAACUUAGGGGCUGAAACAAUACUAAAUGCCAUUUCUCAUUGCAGGUGACCAAGGGUUACCUGGGCUCAGCCGGGUGGCUCUUCUGCUCUGUGGUGUCACUGGAAAUUUGGCCAGGUGGGGCAUUCGGGGGCUCACUCAUGGAGAGCGGCUGGGGCUGGCUGUGCUGGAGCACGUCCAGGACUGUUGCCUGGGUGCCUCGAUUCUCUCCAUGGGACUAACCCAGGAUGCAGUGCCCCACAUGACCACUGGGUUGUGAGUGGGAACCACUGAGCUAAUGGUUACAUGAUGUUCUGUCGAGAGAUGAUGCCACAAAUUGUGUAAGCCUUCCUCACUUGUGCUUUUGUUACUAUGUUUUAUUGAAAUUAUGUUUUCAUUUUGUUGUGUCCCCCCCCAAGAUUAUAAAUUCUUCCAGUGCCAGGAACAUAUUUAUUUCAAUUUUAUUGUUACAAUUUUGUUUUUUUCCCAUGAUGGUGCCUGGCACAAAGUAAGUGCUUGAUAUGAGUUAGAACAGAACUGACAUUUAGAUUGUUUCCAAUUUUUUGAUGUUUACAAUAUUAAAAAAUUAAUUUUCUAAAGCUGUUUCAAUACAAAGUAAAACUUCCUUGGGAAUGGAAACACUGGCUCAAAGUAUGUGUAUGUCCUUACACGAAGCUAUCCCAGGGACCAUGCAAAUUUAUGUUCACUGGCAACACAAGAGAUACUUUCAUAGCACCUUAACCAGCAUUUGGCUGUUUUAAUUUUGUCUUUUAUCUCAUAUAUUUGAUAAGCUAAAGUGACAUUUUAUUAUUUCCAUAAUUUUCAUGUUGAGAUAUUUGCAGCAUGCAGUAGGUGAACUCCAGCUUGUGGAAUGCAUGGACAGUUGGGGUGUUGUACUCAGUGUGGAACUGACUUCACUUGGGGCUGGGAGAGGCUCAGCAGCAUUCUGGAAUCACCUUUUGCCUCCAGCUCUUGAGUUUUUGACUAUCUGAUGGCACUGACGGAGGGGGUUGAGCAUACUGGCAGCUCACAGCUGAGCCUCUGGGUCACUGUGACUUAGCACUAAUUCUGACCUCCAUUUUCCUGAAGAUGAUCAUGUCCCAAUAAGUGCAGAAUCUUUCUCUGGUGACAACUUGACAUUUUAACAGCAAAUUGUCCCCCAGUGUCUGUUGGGCUCUGCCCUCCUUCCUGAGACUCACUUAGGCAGUGACGUCGCUGAAUUGUCAUCAUGUCAAAAUGCUGUCAUGAUGUUUUUAUAUCCUCAACUGUAGCAAAAUGUAAAUAAAAUCCAGGGGUCAGAGUUCCCAGGCACGGGGAAUAGAGCGGAGUGGCCAUUGAGGGGCAGUGCCAGGGGAACUUGAUGGUCCCGGGUCCCACACAGAGCUGUCACACACAUGGCACCCAUGGCUGAAUGAGAUGCCCUUGGGGGAAGUGGGGUGAGGACCUUUCUCUACUGCCUUCCUGUCUUCCUAUGGAUCUGUAAUAAUUCCCAAAGAAAAAAAUUGAGGAUGACUUCCUUGGCAUGUCCAUGAAGAGUCCAUGUCUUGUUGGUUGAGGUCUGCUAGCAUCACGGACAGGUUGGAACCUUCUUGCUGCUUUCCCAGCAGAAGGUGUUUGAACUCAUGAGGGGGUCGCUGUUGAGCUUUAUCUUGUGGGAAUGACUCUGCCUUCCUGCAGCUUACACUCAGAAAGUUAUAUCUUCAAAGAAUCUCAUAGAAAAUGCAACCACCUCCUUAGCAAGGCUGCCCUUUGAACAGUUAAAGCCUGCACUGUUUCCUGUAGGCAAAGCAUCCCCAAGUUUUAGCCAUGUCUUAUGCAAUGGAUAUUAGACCCGCAGUCUGGAGAUGCUUCAUGUCAUCCUCUUGUUAAGGUUUCCUCUGAAAUUCAGUGACCCAAAUAUUUUCUAUGAAUGUGCUAUAGAUGUCCUAUGACCAGCGUGGUCAGAACUUAGAUAAUGGAGAGAGGCAGAAAUCAAAGACAAGAAAAUAGGAAAAAAAAAAAAAAGAAAAAUAAAAGAUAAGCUGCUAGGCUGUGCUUCUAGAGAGAACAGUGCUUCUAUGGUACCUGUUCUCUACAGGCAUCAUGUCUGUGAAUCCCAGGACAUAGUCAGGUGCACACACCCAUGUUUCUGGCCACUGCUAUAGGUCCUGGAGGUCAUUUGCAGAAGAACGGGCAGGCAGCUCUCCCAUGUGCACCUGCCUCCUGCUCUGUGAGAGCCGAGGCAGGAUGGAGAGAAGGAGAGAGACUGGCGUUUUCCUGUUGCCCUUUUGUGUUCACAGGUUGUGACCCAGUGAACUCGACACCCUGGUCUUAGACAGCGUCAGCUGACUUGUUCAUGUCCCAGGAGGGACACAUUUCUGUGAUUAAAUCCUGUGCCCGAGGGAGUAAGGCCCCUGGUCUACCUGAAGCCGCACUGUGCGUGUGGCUGCAGUGUGCCUGGCUUGUUCCCCAUAGAGGUGGAGAUGCUGGUGGUCUUCCCCGUGGGAGUGUGGGGUGGGCUGUCCCCGAGCCAACUCCACUGUUUGGAUUUCGGCGUAGAAAUCUCUCCUUGAAGUUACAGACACUUCCAUGUAGGAAAGUGGCUGAUUUGAUCAGGGGGGGAAAUGUAUUUUAUGCCCUAAUUAAAAUCCUCCAUGAUUUUAGGGACAAGGGCAUUCUUGUCUCUGUAUAAAGUCUUCCUUGUGGGGGUCCCAGGGAGCUCUUGGUUGUACAGAGUCUUCCUCUUGUGGGUCCAAGUGUGUUCUUCAUUGCAUGAUGUCCCUAGGUUCUUACCUCCUGCUGUGGCCUUGGUCCCUGGACCAGCCUCAUGGUUCUGUUUCCUCAUCAACUCUUGCCCUUCCCCCUUCAGUAGAGUGGAUUGACAUUAUGUUAAUUAAGGCUCACUCAAAACAUGCAUUGAGAACAUUUUAUUAGAAAAUUAUGAAAUUAGAAAAUUUCAUAAACUUCUUGUGAGAGAACUGUUUAGCCAACAACUCUGGCUCUUUCUAUAAUGGUUUAUUUGACCUAAGGAACAAACAAUAGAUUUUUUUUUUUUUGCAGGAGCUUAUAGACAUUGAGAAUUAGAUUGUCAUUCAGGAUUAAUAUUCUGAAAGAGAUGUUUAAUGAUACUUCUGACAUUUUUUUUGAGUGUGAAUGAUGAAGUGGAAUUUCUACAUUCAUGUAAGGGAAUUAGCUUUACAUGUUGGAUUUUUUUUUUCAGCUCAAAUAGCAUAUAGUGGGAGUAGAUGGAGUGAGAUAAUUAUAUCUUGUGUCAGUGGAAAGUAGAGUCCACGACCUAGACUCAGUGCAAAUGUUGGUUAUUAUUCUUCUAGGAACUUGCAUUAUAAAGAACUGGAAACUUAACCCCUUCAUUUCAACUUGCCCAGUGUGCAAAACCAGCCACAUUUCUCUUAUCACAAAGAAUCUAGACCUUGCCUGCACAACCCUGGUGCUUUGCAAAGGCGAGAGGUAGUAAUUUUGCAGAUUAUUAUCUAAACUAGAGAAAUAAUAUCAAAGGCUCAUUUAUCUUUUCCAAAUACCUUUAAAGGAGACAAUGUUUGAAAUAGGUUUUCUAACAAGCCAGUAAGGUACUGUGGUUCUGCAGACUUGAUUACAUACAGAGGAAAGGAAUAGCAUCAUUUGUCUUUCAGAGAAAGUUUCCAGGUAUCGCCUUAUGUUAACAGGAGUUUUCCUUCACUGUGGUUCCCAUUAUGGUUAGUGUCACUGUGCUAAGGACUUGGUCAUACUCAACAAAUUGUUAUUUGAAAAAUAUAUUUUAAUUGGUUAGUCAGAGCUAUUUAAAUACAUUUGCAUACACAUCCGUGUGCAUGUAAGCACACACAGAGGCUGAAGGGUCAGUGGUAGAGCUAUUUUGCUGGUAAUCUACAGCACCUGUCGAACUAAUGCUGUCGGACGGAGUGUGUGAGAUGUAAAGCAAAUCCGUGUGAGUGUGUGGCUUUGUGCACAGGCAGCCGCCUCACUGGGGUCAUGUGAGGGACCUCAGAAACAUUUCGUCACAAUUUCCAGCCAUAAUGGUUAACUUUCUUCAGAAAUUAAUUCCUGAGGUUCUUGAAGAUAUUUUGUUUUUGAGUCCCCAGUUAAACUUAAAAGAAACACCUCAUAAAUCUAAAAUAUGAUGUGUUAUGGGGUUACUUUCUUCAGGACCCAGCUGCAGGUGGCACACUCAGCGAGCCCGGAAAGCGACCAGGGUGUGAGGUGCAGAGCAGCGGGGGCACGGAGACCCUCUCACCAGGGCUUCCUGUGUUUGUCAGGGAGGUUUUCUGGCUCCGUCCUCGUCCUCGGCGGUGUGUCUGGGCAGAUGCACAAACACAUUCUAAAUUCCACACCGGCUGCUGGAGUGGCUCCAGUUGAGCAGCACGGCUCUGACGGAGGAAGUGACCUUUCGGCUGCUUUGUAGGCUGUGCACACGGUGCUGGGUCAUCAGCCAUGCACUGCACGCCACCGAGGGCGAGAGCUCUGUCCCCCGGGGACGUCUUCACAUUCAGCCAGGUCCACAGCCAGCCCUGUGUCAGAAUGCGUUGUUUUCUCCCUGAAGUUUAUUGCUCUUUAAUUUCUGCACUCACUCCUGCUAACCUUGGCCCCUUCCUGCUCACCUUCCAUCCCGACCAGCUUAAAUCCCUUCCCCCAUCUCCUUGUGGGCCUCUGUUUCAGGAAUUAAAAUAUAAGACAAAAACACCCUCUGGGAAUCCCGUUUUAAGAAAAGGAUACUGUGCUAUCUUUGUGAUAAAAGAUGCCAAUAGCAAAUGCUCUCUGGCUGGUGCCUGGGACAGAUCUGCGUGGUUCUGGGUGUGACCAUCUCUGUGGGGGCUUCUGUCCUCGGGAAGUGAACACCUUCAGGCAGCUGCCUGAUGUCCACCCUCCUCAGCCUCCAUUUCUCUCAGUGGGCAUGCCAUGGUCUUCAGUAAGACCACCGUCCACCAGGGCUCAUGUAUGCUUGGCGACCCACCGACCCAGUUCCUGUUUAACCACUUCAGCAUGGGAGGUCCCAUUCGGCACUGGUUCAGUUUGCAGAUGUAGAAGCCCCAGUUCUGGGCAACCAGGCAUUUCCCUCCCUGCAGCUCUAAAUGCUGGAGUCUGGGUGACGCAUCCUCUGGCGCCCAAUGCCUGCGCUCUUUCCCACUCUUUCCGGUACAUGCUGAUGUCUCUCCCAGCCCCAGGUUUGAUCGUGUUACAGAAAGGCCUGUGCUACUGGUUCUUCCUGAGCUCGCAUAGUCAGGAGCUAUCUGCAUGUACCUUGAGCUGUUGCACAAAAUCAUUGCCCUGAAAACGUUAAAAAGCAUUUCUGAACCACCUACUGUGUGCUGCCCCCUACAGGAUACAAUGGAGUCUCUGGGCAUCUUGUAGGUUGAAGAACCACCUACUGUGUGCUGCCCCCUAAGGAUAUAGUAGGGCCUCUGGGCGUCUGCAGGUUGAUGAGGAGAAUCCAUGUGAACAGAUUAAAGAACAAGAGAAGAUAGUAGUAGUAGGGACGCAUGUGCUGGUGUGUGUUGAGAGCAUACAUCUCUGCAGUUCUCCCAGAAUCUCAGGGAGAUAGUUCAAACUGUGAUGUUGUACCAUGGUCUCUGAGGAAAUCUGGAACUCAUCCAUGUAGAGGAGGAGCAGGGCUUUCCACGGAGGGCCGUGUUGGGGACUCCUGCAGGGUAUGCAAGUCAUGGUGGUGGAGGUGCUAACAGUGAUCUGGCGCACCACACACCACUCAGGGAAUGUGGGUAUCGCCGUGUGGCAGGCAGCCCAAGCGUGUCCUUGCCCAGAGAGUGGACAUAAGGUGCCCUGCUGUCACUUCAUACAUGACCAGGCACUCAUGGUGACUGGGCUGGUGUGUCCCGUGGGGUGUUUGUGCCCCGGGGCACCUGGAGACAUUCCCAGAGUCUCUGGGAGCAGCCCCAGCCUGGCCCAAGUCUACAAGGGCCCUGUGUGCAUGUGCCCAUCCACAUGCAAGCUCCUCUCCUCCCUCCUCCCCACACCCCCAGGGUUAGCCCGUCCCAGGCCAGUGAGUCUCUGCAUCUCCCUGCCCGGUUUUGAAACAAAGCUCUGUGGGAUGCAGCCACACCACAGCUCCUGUUGUCUGCAGUUGUCUCCUUGACCAGGAAGAGGGAUAUGAUGUGCUACCCCCCAAACCUAAAAUAUUUAGGAUCUGUCCCUUUAUGCAAAGUGUCCCCUGACCCUGCCCUGCCAGCCCCUACAUCCUUGCUGUGCCGCUCCUGUCAGUAGGAUGCGUUGUCUCAGACCUCCUCACACGCAAGGCGGCUUCUUCCAACCCAACAGAAGCUGGUGUGCAGCCUUCCUGUAGGGGGAGAAUCAAGAGUGAUUAACUUGACUUGGGGUUUCACUUGUGAUUCUGUUUUUUGUCAGGUGAGGAAGUCCUUCUCUUUGAAUAUCCUGUUAGCUCUCCAGCCCUGCUGUGGUCAGCCAGUGGUCCAGUGGUCACGGAGGCCCCGUCCUCCCUGCUCUGCAUGUGCUGGGCCACUCACACACGCUCCUCUUAGCAGAAAAGACGGUUAAUUUGUCCUCAUGAUCAAGUUGAGGUCUCCCAAGUGAAGUGAUCCUUGUUAUUUAAAUACUUUUUACAUUUAACUGACUGUUUCAUUCUGGGUCGUUUUCCUUAUCCACUGGAAAUAUUUAGUUAAUUCAAAAGAGACACAGUUCAACUGACUGUCCCUUUAACUAAAAAGUCAUUGUGUUUGAGGUUUUAUCUUAUCUGCUGAAAAAUUAUUUGGUGCCUUAUUCUGUAUGAUUUACGUUCUAAACCCUCAAAUCUGACGCAUCCAUGACAAGCUGGUGCCACUGACGUGGCUGCUGCUUAAGAGUGACUAGAGGAGCCGUCCUGGACUCCCAGAGCUCGGACGGAUGUGGGGAUGGAGAGUGAGACAGGUCACCUGGGUCACUUGUGUACCUGUCCGACACUCGACAGCCCUGGAAGGAAGUGGCUGAGAAGGUCAGUUCCAUUAAAAAUGUUCUCUGACCUGUGCGGAGGCUCAUCUCAGCAUGUGGGCCAUGCCGUCACUGUAAUUACACUUGUGUUUGUCACGUGAGCAUGUUCUCUCAUAGCAAGCGUUCACAGUGCUUCCUGCUUGGGAAACGUCCAGCUCACACAGUGGCUUUCACACGUGCACACAGGUGGCUGCACACAGCCCUGACACAGCUCCCAGUUCCGAGCUCAGAGACCGCCCUCCACCGUGGUUUUUAAUCUUGAGGUGAUGGCACUAGCUGAGAAGCGUCAGGACUGGAGGAUCCGUGUCACACUCACCACCCGCCAUAGCUGCACAAAGGAUUGAGAGGAGCGCCGUGCCCUCGCCUGCAGCUGGAAACCAUUCUGGGGUCUCAAGGGGUCACUUUAGUGGGAUCCUUACCUCCCAUUUCCCAAAGGACAUGUGUAGAAGGUCGGCCCUCAUCCAUGGAGCUGAAACUGACUAAAAUCAAAGGAAACUUGCUUGGACUGACCUUCUUCAAAGAGUCGCAGUGCACCCUCUGCGGGGAGCCAGAAGAGGAAGAAGGUGGAGACCUGGUCCAGCCGGGCAUCAGCUUCCCAGGGCCAGCGGAGGAGGACCUAGACCAGCAGUACUCAUGGGCGCCGGCUCAGCACUUCAAUGAGGAGCGCUACUCACCCGCACCGCGGAACAUGAAGGGACUGUCGGGCAGCCGCACGCAGCCGCAGCUGUGUCCCGGCCACACCUGCGGCCUGGCGGGCCCCGAGGACUGCGAGCGCGUGCACGAGCACAUGCGCCAUGCGCAGGAUGCCCGGCAGCCCUACCUGCUCAGCCCGGCCGACAGCUGCCCGGGGGACCACCACCGCUGCUCGCCGCGCAGCUCGGUGCACUCGGAGUGCGUGAUGAUGCCCGUGGCGCUGGGUGACCACAUGUCCAGCAGCACCUUCCCCAGGAUGCACUACAGCUCACACUACGACACGCGGGACGACUGCGCCAUGUCGCACGGCGGCGCCAAGAUCAACCGCAUCCCGGCCAACCUGCUGGACCAGUUCGAGAAGCAGCUGCCCCUGCAUAGGGACGGCUUCCACACCUUGCAGUACCAGCGGACAUCGACAGCGGCAGAGCAGCGCAGCGAGAGCCCCGGCCGGAUAAGGCACCUCGUGCACUCCGUGCAGAAGCUCUUCACCAAGUCCCACUCCUUGGAGGGCUCCUCCAAGAACAACGCCAAUGGGACCAAGGGCGACGGCAGGGCGGACGACCACCACCACGGCCACCACACCAAGCACGGCAAGCGCAGCAAGAGCCGGGAGCGCAAGCCCGAGAGCAGGCACAGGUCUGGCAUGAGCAGCUGGUGGAGCUCCGACGACAACCUGGACAGCGACAGCACCUACCGAACGCCCAGCAUGGUGAACCGCCACCUGCUGGACCCCCUCGCGCACUGCUAUGCGGACACGCUGCAGAGCCCCUUUGGGGACCUGUCCCUGAAGACCUCCAAGAGCAACAGUGACGUCAAGUGCUCGGCCUGCGAGGGCCUGGCGCUGACACCGGACACCAAGUACAUGAAGCGCAGCUCCUGGUCCACACUCACCGUCAGCCAGGCCAAGGAGGCGUACCGCAAGGGCUCGCUGAACCUGGACAAGCCGCUGGUGCCCCAGGACAUCAAGCCGCCCUUGCGGUCAUGCCACUACCUCCAGGUGCCCCAGGACGAGUGGGGCGGCUACCCCACAGGGGGCAAGGAGGAGGAGAUCCCCUGCCGGAGGAUGAGGAGCGGGAGCUACAUCAAAGCCAUGGGGGACGAGGACAGCGGCGAGUCAGACUCCAGCCCCAAAACGUCGCCAACGGCGGCCCUGCGGCCGGAGCCCCUGCUGAAGUCCCUCGGACAGAGGCCGCUUGGAGACCACCAAACCCAGAGCUACCUGCAAGCUGCAAGUGACAUGCCCGUCGGUCACAGCCUGGACCCCACCGCCAACUACAACUCCCCGAAAUUUCGCUCCCGGAACCAGAGCUACAUGAGGGCCGUCAGCACCCUGAGCCAGGCCAGCUGUGUGAGCCAGGUGAGCGAGGCAGAGAUCAACGGGCAGUUCGAGUCGGUGUGCGAAUCCGUCUUCAGUGAAGUUGAGUCUCAGGCCAUGGACGCUCUCGACCUCCCGGGGUGUUUCCGGACGCGGAGUCACAGCUACCUCCGCGCCAUCCAGGCCGGCUACUCCCAAGACGAUGAAUGUAUUCCCAUGAUGACGCCCUCCGACAUCACCUCCACUAUCAGAUCCACAGCUGUCUCAUACACAAACUACAAAAAAACGCCCCCACCCGUACCUCCCCGGACCACCUCCAAGCCUCUGAUCUCAGUGACGGCCCAGAGCAGCACCGAGUCCACCCAGGACGCCUACCAGGACAGCCGUGCCCAGAGGAUGUCUCCGUGGCCCCAGGACGGCCGUGGCCUCUACAACUCCACGGACAGUCUCGACAGCAACAAGGCCAUGAACCUCGCCCUGGAAACAGCCGCGGCCCAGCGUCACCUCCAGGACAGCCAGGGCAGCUCCAUGCGGACCAGCGACAAGGCCAUCCUGGCGUCCAAGGCUGAGGAGCUGCUCAAGGGCCACCGCUCUUCCAUCGGGAUUCAGGAUUCUGAAUUUCCAGAGCAUCAGCCCUACCCAAGGUCAGAUGUGGAAACAGCCACAGAUUCCGACACGGAGAGCCGGGGCCUGCGGGAAUACCACUCCGUCGGCGUGCAAGUGGAGGACGAAAAGCGACACGGGCGUUUCAAGCGCUCCAACAGCGUCACGGCCGCCGUCCAGGCUGACCUGGAGCUAGAGGGGUUCCCAGGACACAUCACCACGGAGGACAAAGGCCUGCAGUUCGGCUCCUCCUUCCAGCGGCACUCGGAGCCCAGCACGCCCACCCAGUACGGAGCGGUGCGGACUGUGCGGACCCAGGGCCUCUUCAGCUACAGAGAGGACUACAGGGCCCCGGUGGACACCGCAGACCUGCCCCCUCCCGACCCCUGGCUGGAGCCGUCCCUGGACACGGUGGAGACGGGCAGGAUGUCUCCCUGCCGCAGGGACGGCUCGUGGUUCCUGAAGCCGCUGCACACGGAGACCAAGCGGAUGGAAGGCUGGUGCAAGGAGAUGGAGCGGGAGGCAGAGGAGAACGACCUCUCCGAGGAAAUUCUCGGCAAGAUCCGGAGUGCGGUGGGGAGCGCGCAGCUUCUGAUGUCCCAGAAAUUCCAGCAGUUUUACUGGCUUUGUCAACAGAACAUGGACCCCAGCGCCAUGCCCAGACCCACCUCGCAGGACCUGGCCGGCUACUGGGACAUGCUGCAGCUCUCAGUGGAGGACGUCAGCAUGAAGUUCGACGAGCUGCACCAGCUGAAACUCAACGACUGGAAGAUCAUAGAGUCGCCGGAAAGAAAGGAAGAAAGAAAGGUACCCCCUCCAAUACCAAAGAAGCCCCCCAAAGGGAAAUUCCCCAUUACCAGAGAAAAGUCCCUGGACCUGCCCGACAGACAGCGCCAGGAAGCCCGGCGACGGCUCAUGGCCGCCAAGAGAGCCGCGUCCUUCCGCCAGAACGCGGCCGGCGAGCGGGCGGACAGCAUCGAGAUCUACAUCCCCGAGGCGCAGACCCGGCUCUGAGUGCGGGCGGCUCCGCCCUUCCGCUUCCCUUUUCAGCGCGCCGGUGCCGCUUGUCCAGUUUGGCCUCCCGGGUGAUUCCUGUCUCGUCCCCACACGAGCCCCCUGCUGUCGUGUUCCUUGUGCCACAGGCCGGGACGCCGUGGCUUUCCUCAGCGUCGUCUGCUGAGCUUGUGGCCAGACGACUCUUUCCUUUUUUUUUUACCUGAUGGUCUGGCUUGCAGGUGGCUCUGACGGCUCGGUGAGACCAAGCUGCCCGCCUUGUUCUCGGAGGACAGGGACCCAGCUUCCAUUUUGUUAUUUAUACUUUUAUAAGCCGUGUGACACUUAGAGGUGAGAACAGCAAACAACUGUGAACAGGUGCAUCUCACCACUCCCUCGAAGCCUUGGGCAGCCCAGCGGAGGGUGCUACAACCUCGCGCAGGAAGGAAAGGCCCGUGGCCCUCCCGAGCCUCCCACUGCUCUCCGGUCCUGGCCGCCCGCCUGCCACGCCGUCCUCCUCGUUGAGCGUGCGGUGACGAAAGUGAUCUCUCCAGCCUCACCAAACGCCGUGCCCUGAGGUUCCCCGAAAAACCAGGGGAUUCCAAGUCUGAACCCACUAAAACACCCAGCAUAGCAUCCGCACACUCGAAAAUAAGCCAAACGUCCCCACAAGAAGUUAUGCGUGAAGAGAGAUCUUAAGGCCUUAAGAAAGGCUGGGAGUAUAAAGAGAAAAACAUCAUCCUUAUGUCUGUGACACAGUUACUGUGGUUUUUAGUUCUUUGUAACGUACAGUAUUAUACCCAGUGUUUUCUUUAAGUUUCACCAUCUGCGCUACAUGUGAUUUUUUUUACAUAUGUAUAUAUUUAUAUCCUCAAAUUGCUCUAUCAGAUGACUGUCCAGGGUAUCCUUGAAAAAAAAGAAAAAGUUUGCUUGUUUCAAAUCAUAGUUGUGAUGUUGUACGAAGUUUAAGAACUAUGGAUGUGAGUGGUAAGUGUAUCUCAGUUGAGACAGUGAAGAAGAAAUGCAGUUUACGCUUGUAUUUUUCCAGGGUUCUCUGUCCUGUGCAUAUUGCUGAAGUCAAGAGCCUAUGUCUUGUCUGUGUUAGAUGCAAAGGGAAAAAGAGGCCACAUAUUGUGACUUCCAGCCGUGGAAUUUAAAAAAAAAAGUGAUUAGUGUUCAUGACUCUGAUUGGCACCCAAGGAAACAGGAGCAGCUCUAGUGAGCAGGGUCUCCACGUGUGUGACUCAGUGUGGGCGCGGCGGUCGUGGCGCCAACGCCACAUCCGUGUCGCAAUGCAGGCGCGUCUUCGAAGGAAAAGCCCGGCGGAUUUUCCUGCGGUCUCCACGUCCGCGUCCUCACUGCCGCCCGAGGCCCAAGCAGGAUUGCAACUGGAGACAGAUAUUCCACCAGACACCAGGUCUUCCCUCCCGCGGCUCUGGGGAGCGCCAGGCGCUCAGCGUGGGCAGAACAGAGCCGAUUGCCCGUGUAGCACUUUGUUUUCUCCCCCGACCCGCACUUUAGAACGGACCUGCUCCCGUGUAGCCCGAGACGUUGUCGCGAGUUCAGUGAGGCGCUCCACAGCCGGCGUCCAUGAGACCACAGUCCUCGCUCCUCCUCACGUUCCACACCCCGCGAGCGCGCAUGGGGUCACGGGGCAGGGUUGAUAUCAAAGCAUGUUUAGCUUCAAAGUUUUACUUUUUUAAAGCCGAGUAGUUAAGAAUUCCCUGUAAAAACAAAAACCCUGUAAAUUGAGCCUCAUAUCUGGUAUAUAUUUUACCAAACAGCCUUAAAAUAUAUUUGGAAGCAAAAAUCAGUAUGAAUGUAUAUCCUUGAAAAAUGCAAAAAGAAAAAAAAAAGAAAAAAGAUCCCUGAAAUAUUCUUCUAUAAAUGAACCCUACUUUCCCCAGAGUGUUCAAAGCAUUUUUCUACCUAAAUAAAUAUCUAAAUCCUGAGUAGUGUACAAUAAUGAUGCUUCUUCCUAUAUUCGUUCUACUACGUUAAAGGCAAAUGUAUCAGCAAGUACUGGCAUUUUAGACUUUAGAAAGGAUGUGUUGUUUAAGAUGAACUGCUGUUUGGCUCUCAGCACAGACAAGCAAAGUCAGUGCACACUCCGAGUCAGAGCAAUGCAAACUAUAUCCCAGCACGCUGCUGGCUCACACUGGCGUGUCUGAUGCCAGCUCAUGGGCUUAAUCCAUUUUCCUGGAACUUACACAAAACACAUAAAAGCAAAUUGCAAAAUUAGACAGUGAUUAUUUGUCUCAGCUCCGAGAUUCUAAGAUGCCGACUUGAACGCAAAUAUUCACCGGAUCUGGACUAAUUUGUUAUGUUUCGUAUACUCCUGUUUACCUUACCAUCCCCAAAAGUCUUGGCCUAAACCAUUCCUCCGAGAGCAAAUUCGCCUCCCGCCAAAUUGUAGGGGUCGCCGAGGUGGGGACGGUACAGGCCCCCAAGUGGCCCCCCACCUUCCAAAGAAGACUUUCGUGGUAGAACAGACGUCUGCUGCUAGGUCUGAUGGACUGUCACCUGUUUACAUCACGUAAUCAAGUGCAAUAUACUCAGUUCUCACACGGGUGACAUCUGAUCAUGAGACACAGAAGAUAAGCCAUGUUUGUGUAUUUGUACAUGUAAAGAAAAAUAAAACUGUUCAUGAUACUUGUGUUCUCCACCCAAGCUAGCUGCUUCCAGCUGCUCCCAGCAGAUGCGUAGUGUAGAAAGCUCUCAUGUGGUCAUUUCAUCAUAUUUAGAAUAUUAUUUUAAUAAAACAUUAUGCAUCAAUUUGAGAACCUGAUUAAAAAUAAUAACACAACCCUCCAGGGACAUCCUCGAGAAAGAAAGUGUGAGGCUGCCCAUAGCCACGCUCCUGUGUUCCCUAAAGGAGCCUCCGGUGACCGGUGGAGCCAGAUACCCCUGUAGAACUCACAGCCUCCCAGCAACAAGUGGACAGAGCGACACGGAGGCUUUCGUUCACACGAUGGACACAGGUGUAACAAACAGGGCCCCAGAGUCCACCCAGGGAAGGAGAAUGCCCUCACUACUGACCUCGCUUUCCGAGUAGCUCAUCUCGUACAUCUUCACGCUGUCAUUGUCAUGUUUGCAGUAAAAGUCGUAACGAGUGACAGUUUUUAUCACAUUCUUCUCAGCAACCGUAUAUCACCAUCCUAGAACAGUGUAUAACGAAUUGAACUGUCAACAGAACCAAAAAACUACAUUUCGCCUAAAAGGAAAUGUUGAUGUUUUUAACUUCAAAUCAACCCUAAAGACUUCAAGCAAAAAAGGGAAAAAAUACAAAUUACGUUGAAAGUAGUCUCUUUAAAAAAAAAAAAAAGCCACAGAAAUCAGUGACCUGCAACAUAAGAGUCAGUCUCCCCUGCCGGCUCUCAUGAAAGUGGCCAAACCUGAGACGAGACGGGACAGAGCUGCGGGGCUUGAGGGUGCACGGGGCUGGACCAUCUCCUGGGGGCAUGUCCUAUCGCCCCAUCUGGACCUUGCCUUUCCAGACCCACAGGAGGUAGCCGCUGUGCCCCCCCUUUCAAUUAAAAGACCCAGAAUCUGUUCCUUCCCUCAUCUGUGCUGUUCCGGUAGGGGCACGGCCACCCCACGCCAGAACAGAGUCUCUCGGGGCAGCAAAGUCACAGGGUGGACGUGUGGGCGGAGUGCUGCAGUGGCGUGGGGACAGCUCUCUGGUUUGGGCCAAACCUUUUGGUGGCAAGCGGGGAUGGGGCAGGUGGAUCUUUUUGUAUUUGGGUCCAAUUCAAACCCGACCUCCUGUGGCCCUGAGGAUUUAGAGCCCAGGGACCACCUGAAGGACACAGGGAGUAUCAGCCUUGCUCAGAAUUUUGACAGGUGCCCCAAAGCAUUCGGCCGGAUAGAGGGUCCCAUGCGCCGUGUCUGAACCGGCCCAGCCUGACUUAGACCAGCGGGAUGGCCAUCGUUUGUGACAUUGGAGACCUCCAUGCACUUGGGAGGGAGAGGUAGCAGGGAACAGGUGUGAGCGUGUGUGCUGGUGCGAGGGUAAAAGUGUUACCCCAAAACAGUACCUAGACACUGCCCUCAGUUCACACUCGUCCUGCCGGUGAGCGUAGAAACAAGUUCCUCCCAAAUGGGCCUAAAUAACUACAUUCUGCAUACUCAUGUGUGUUCAUCUCCCAGCCAUCUAUUUCUCCAGACGUGAACUUCAUUUUUUUUAUUUUUUUACUACAAAUUUAACGUGCUAGUUUAAGACAGUGGUUUUAAACUCUACUCCCUGGGAACCCUCUGAGUAUUUUCUUGUCUCCAUCUGGAUGUUUGUUGAUACUCCUUUGUAGGCGUGCAUCAAACACAGGGUUCAAACACUUGAAAAUAAAAUCGAAGACCGCACGCUUGAGAGAGAAAGCGCACAGUCGGUUUCCGGUCCAUAAGCAUGGCUAACGACACGGGCGGGGGCAAUGGCACUUGCUGCACCCGUCACCCUGGGCUCCCCCCAUGGCAAAACUCGCCACGUCAGGUCCCACCAGGUCCCUGGGCCUGGCCAACACCAGGUACAUCUUGUCUCUGUCAAGCUGUGAGCAGUGAGCAGAGCUCGAAGGAUGGGCUGCGUGCCCAGCACAGGGGGUUGCAGAGCACUUUAGAAACGGGCAGUCAGUUGCCAGAAAUCUCCAGGUAGGUAGGCAAAGCACCUGGUGUUUAUUCCUCCAUCAGCCAGCCACGCCGCUCAGCUUCCUGUCCCAGUUCUUCCUCUGUCAAGGGGCUCGCAGUGCCUGUCUCUGUCGUUCUCGCACACGCAGCAUGAGGACUGACAACACAUCGGCUCUGAGUACUCAGAGCCCCAGGGCACGGGUGUUGUGGUGUGAGUCACUCUUGGGAACCACAUGCCCCGGUCCAGCCCGGAAGGCGGGUGCUGAGUGCGUGAUGGUCACAGGUGCACACGGAGGCCAGGACGGCCCCGGGCCAGGGCAGGGGCUUUCUUCGGAAAGGUCUGGAGGCAGAGACGUCACCGCAAGGGGCAUUCUCCUUCCCUCUGGCUUUGAUUUCGGGUGUUUCUAGAUAGUUCCCAGAGCAAGAUCCAAGCACCCACCAGAAUUAGGCCAUGUUUUCACCAUGACUUCAGCUCAGCUGCCUCUUAGAUGAAAUGAAGAGCUAUUAAACUAAACAUUAAAGUGACGAAGAAAAGAAAUGAUAAUUUGGAAGCAGAAAACCGAGCACUUGGCAGGAAUCCCAAGUGUGAAAUCAGACCGGGCUGCUGGCAGUUCGCAGAGCCCGGAGUCCAACGCGGCUCUCCGCGCAGUGUCUGUGUCGCCCUUCAGAGAAGCGGUGCUCCGAGGAACGACCGAGAGCGACCACCUCCCGUCCCCGCCACGCUGACAAAUGCCUGUGAUUUUACCAAUUGCUGACCUAACCCUGGCGUUUUUAUCAAGCGUUAAAUUAUUUCCAGUUUCAAUCUGAACACUUGACAGAUGACUGUCUUUGCAGAGGAAAUGUGAGUCACCUAGUAUGAAACUACUUUUUAAAAGAUUUUGUAUAUACAACAAGCCAAGGUAACGCAGGGUUACCGCCCGACUUUCUCAGAUUUUAUGUGACUCUUCUCAUUGGUGCUUAUUCCGACCCGAAGCACGGGGCGUCCGAGCUGCCCGGGCGCGGCGGCGGAGAGGCAAUGACGGGCGGAGAGGCCACGCCAGGUCCCGAACGCAUCUCGUCCGGGAGACCCCGGUCUCCGCAGGGAUGUGGUGGCGCGCCUGCCGGCCGGCGCGGAAGCCACUCACCCCUGCUCUGACUUACCCGGUCACUCCCGCCCCCAGCACCCCAUCACGGUCACUCCACUCUCAAAGGGCUCCGCAUGAUUGUCUCCCCACCCCACUUGCUAGCUGGUUUGCUGAGUUUGAACGCGUCCCCCUCGCAAGCAGUCAGCCCCAGGCGGCGUCGGAACCUAUUUCUCAAACAUUAGCCAUUUCACUCUCGCGUGGGUCCUUCCUGCAGAGAGACUUCUCGUCCCCGCCCUCUCCACCCUUCAUACCAAACACCCAGGUGUGGCCUAAGGAAUAAAUUAAAUGCCUCCUAUAGAAAUGCAAGAAAUGUUAGAACAAGAAAACUAGUUGUUUAAAGUAGUUUUUUUUAAAAAGUAUAUAAAUAUAUGUAUAAAUAAAUCUACAUACGAAAUCAUAUCAGCCAAGAGGAUGAACAGAGUGCCAAAUAUUCAACGUCUAUACAAAGUCACAGUUUUCUGGGAUUAAACUAUUUUGUGUGAUUCUCUUUCUCAUGCUUUUACGGUUCUUUUGAUCAAUCCCACUCAGCCGCAUGCAGGAUACCUGAUCUGAAUGUACCAUGGGCCAUUCACCUCCGCCACAGUUUCUUGCUUCUUGUUAAUAACUUAUCAGAAUGUUGAUUGUUACAUGAAGGCAUUUAAGGACUGCUUUAGUUGAGUUCUUUUUUUUCCAUGACUCUUUUUUUCCACUCUCCACUGAUUGUAAGAAAACCGCACCCACCUCCGCCUCACAACUUUCUAUGCUAAUGCCACCUCCGUUUGAUUUCCGUGUUGCCCAUGUUCACCUCCUGUAAAUAGUUCUGCAAUUAAAUUUUUUGAGAAAAUUAAUGUUUACUUUUUUAUUGGAGUGAAUUCUCAUGUUAUUUUAAACUCAGAAAAAAUUAUAUUAACCAAAGAGUAUUACCCAAG